CACGCACACACCCCCACACACGCCUCCUUGUUUACUAUCUUCUUACAGUCCAAGUAGGUGGGAUUCCUAGAAUCCGAUUUGCUGGUUGCCGCCCACCGCGCUCUCUCAUUGGCUGGGGGAGUCUAUUAAGGAAGAGUCUCAUGCGAGGAGCUGCAGACUGUUAACGCCAGCAUCUCUCGGAAUAUUCGCUUCCACCAACUGCAUUAAAAUCGUUUCCCACUGAAGGAUUUUUAAAAAUAUAUUUAAUUUGCAUGUUCUAUUUAUAAUUGCGUAAUUUCACUUUUGAGAAUGACUAGCAAAAUGAAGUUUGUUCAGUCUCUGGUGAAGACUGCAGCACUGGCCAACGUGCCAAAACACAUCGACCAUUUCUCCAAGUUCUCUCCCUCUCCUCUGUCUAUGAAGCAAUUCUUGGAUUUCGGUUCGACCAAUGCCUGUGAACGCACAUCAUUUGUCUUCCUGCGUCAGGAGCUUCCUGUCCGUUUGUCCAACAUCAUGAAGGAGAUCAACCUGCUGCCAGACCGGCUGCUGGCCACGCCCUCGGUCCAGCUGGUCCAGAGCUGGUACAUCCAGAGCCUGGUGGAGAUCCUGGAGUUUCUGGACAAGAACCCAGAUGACCAGGGAAUCCUGGAGAUGUUUGUGGACGUCUUGGAGUCCAUCAGGAACCGACACAACGAGGUGGUCCCCACCCUGGCUCAGGGAGUCAUUGAAUACAAAGAGGCCUAUGGCCAGCAGGACGCUGUCACUGACCACAAUAUUCAGUACUUCCUGGACCGCUUCUACACCAGCCGCAUCUCCAUCCGCAUGCUCAUCAACCAGCAUACUCUUGUCUUCAACGGCAACACAAACCCCGCCCAUCCCAACACCAUUGGCUGUAUUGACUCCAUGUGUGACGUAACAGAGGUUGCACGAGAUGCCUAUGAGAGUGCUAAGAUGCUGUGUGAACAGUAUUACUUGGGAGCACCUGAGCUGGAGCUGAGGCAGAUGAAUGCCAACAGCAUCAGAGAGCCCAUCCACAUCUCAUACAUCCCAUCUCACCUGUACCACAUGCUAUUUGAACUCUUUAAGAAUGCCAUGAGAGCAACCAUUGAAAACCACGAGGCCAGUAGGACCCUACCACCCAUCAAAGUCAUGGUCGCUCUCGGCGGAGAGGAUCUGUCGAUCAAGAUGAGCGACAGAGGAGGUGGUGUUCCCUUCAGGAGGACAGAACGCCUGUUUAGCUACUUGUACUCCACAGCUCCCAGACCCUCUAUAGGAGACAAACACAGAGCCCCACUGGCUGGGUUCGGCUAUGGGCUGCCCAUCACUCGUCUCUACGCUCGCUACUUCCAGGGAGACUUGCAGCUCUACUCCAUGGAGGGUUUUGGGACGGACGCUGUCAUACACCUGAAGGUGUUGUCUACAGACUCAGUGGAGAGGCUGCCAGUUUUUAACAAGACCGCUCUGCGUCACUACAAGCUGAGUUUGGAGGCCGACGAUUGGUGCGUUCCCUCCAAAGAGCCCCUGGAUCUUGCUGUCUACCGCGCUGCUAAGUGAUCAGGUCCUGACCUGACAUGAUUUGUGACACAAACACUGACAAGCUGACCAUAAAAUGUCCUGUAAAGAUGGCCAUUGUGGGACCAGAACUGUUAGCCCGGUGGUGGAUGGGUGUUGAAGUGACCAAAAGUGGCCAAGGAGAUCAAAGAAAAGGCCAAGCAUCAGCAUCCUGAUUAUCUGGGAGUUUCCUUAGUUGGCGCGGAUGUCUUCUGUCUGUGUUUCUUGCUUCUCUAUGUGUGGGAAUACAUAAAUGAAGAGAAGAAUGAAGUUGACAUUCUGAGUCAAGAUGGUGGAGAGUCAAAGAUGCAGUGGUAGAAAUUCAGAAAGAGAACGAGAGAAAGAUGCAGAGAUGAAUUGAAUUGAUAGUAGGGCUGAACGAUUUGAAGAAAAUAUCUAAUUUUCUGACAAAUAAUGCAACUGUGAUUUAAAAACUAGGAAUUAAUCAGUUCAUACAAUUUCAACAUAAAAGCAUUAAUCAUUCAGCCCUAAAUGAUGAGAAGAGAUGGUUUCAUUUUGUAAACAGCUGCACUGCUUUAAACUUGCCAGACCUUGUCAAUGUCUGUUUUGAAGUCCUUACUAACUUAUCAAAGAGUCAUAUGUUCUAGGUAAUAAGCAAGCUGACAAAAAUGUUGAAGUACAGCUGACUGAAUGUAUCAAAGGGUUUUCAUUUCUCCAAGCAGGAGUAAAAAAAUUUGAUGAAACUGUCGUCCAAUGGAGUCCAUGGUAUGUUUGAAAAGUUUUGCUACAGUAAAUCUAGAACAAGAACAAGAUAUAUCACACGUGUCUUCCAGUCUGAUAUUAUUCCAGGUCUUACCUCAUAUGGAAGAACACAUUUCACCUAAAAGUUAGCCACCCAUAUUGCUGAUUCCUUUUAUUCAAGUCUUUUUAGGCGCUUUGCAGCCAAGCAGCUAGUAGGAGAUUUUCCUCAAAAACAUGAAGUGCCUGCGCAUGUUGAAUGAUGAGUUGAAUUUUAUGCUACAAGAAACAGAACAUUUCCUCUUUUCUUUGUGCGACUGGCUUGCUUUUAGAAUUCAUAGGUCAAUAAGAAUACUGUGCAAUUUUUUUGGUGUUUUUCAUGUGUUGAACAAAAUGGCUCGUGUAUUUGUUGGCAAAAUGGCCUUUCUUGAAUUCCUGUUUUGUGCCCUUGCAUAGUGCCAGUUCAAGAUGCAGAAGAAACAGCAGAUGUUGAGCUGCCUGUUCGGUUACUGAUAAUGAACACAGAUUAGGGAUUAUUGAGUUAUCCAUUAAUUAACCUAGCUGUUGUUGAAGACCUGUGAUGGGUGAAAACUGCAACGUGUGUAUUAAGCUGUGCAUGAAAAUAAUCAGCCUGUAUACUGAGAUUCAUUGUGUAUUCACAUAUAUGUAUGACCCAGGCACAGUGUUUAUUGUAUAUUUGAGGUGAACUGUUCAUUCUAGAGGACAUUAUUUUUUAUAAAAAAAUAAAAUAUCCUGAAAAUAA